UCCGCGCAGAAACCCGCCUUCUUUCGGCCGAAAUCCCGGGGUUUCGGGAGGCUGGAAGUGGCGGCACGCCGGGGCCUGUCCUGAUCGCCGCCGGCGGGCCGGGACCGCGGUGCCGCCGACAUGGCCGCGCUGGCGAUGGCCGUUGCUGCGGCGGCCGCCGGGCAGCCACAGAAUGACAGCUGUUGCAGUACUGCGGGUGCUAGUCGACAAAUUCAGUACCAGAAGAUGAAAGCUGAACAAGCUAAAAAAAUUGAAUUCAUAAGAACUGCAGAAAAGCUAAAAACUCAGCUUGCCAGUAUAGAAAAAGACAAAAACGGACAUCUUUACAAUAGGAAGAAUGAUUUCAGGGUAGAAUACAGCAUACUAGAGGAACUGGAACAUACUAUGGCUGUCAGCAGGAAAACUGAAAAGGGUAAAAUCCUGCAGCAGCUAUCAAAAAUACAAAAUUAUGUGAAGAGACUUCAGCAACAAUUAAAAGACGUGAAGCCUACACCAGAAUUUGUGGACAAGCUCAAAGAAAUGAUGGAAGAAGCUGAAAAUGCAAUCAAUGCUUUUAAAGAGGAACAGAGGCAAAUAUAUGAACGGCUUUUGAAGGAGGAAAAAAUUGCCAUUAAUGAGCUCAGUGUCUUUGAGAGAAAAGUGGGACUGUGGGCGUUAGGCAGCUCAACAACCAGAAAAGGUUUGAAAUUACCAUCAGCCAGGGUCUCAGUUGAUAAAACACUUGAAAAUCAUCUACCUGAAGAAGUAGUAGAGUUUGCAAGAUUUCUUCAGCGAGCAGGAGGGCGGCAGGGAGGCUGGGAUGAUUAUGAUUAUCAAAAUUUUCUAAAAGUAUGGACAAAACACAAAGGAAGGCUAUCUUAUGUGGAUGAAGCCCUUGCGUAUCUCUGUGGAAGAACAAAAGAAGAUAUUGAACAACAUGACGGAUGGUAUCGAGAAUUUCUAAUUUUCCAUGAAAGAAAGAAAGAGUCAAUUAAGAAGUGGAAAGAAAAGCAGAUGCAAGAAAAAGGAGGAAAUUUGAAGGAGAAAGAGGAAUCAGAAAAAAAGCUCAAGGAAAAAUGGCUACAGCAUGAAGAAGCUCAGAAGCAAAAAACAGAAGAAGAAAGAAGAAGACAACAAGCAGCAAUUGAAGCGUGGAAGAAACAGAAAGCAAUAGAAUUUGCAACGGAACAAGCAUCACAACUAAAACUAGAAGAAGAGAAGGAGAAAAAGCAACAGAAAGAACGCCAGCGCCGAUGCCAGAUGAAAUUACUGUUGGAAAGGUAUACCUUGCAGAAGAAAGAAAAGGAGGAACUUCAGAAGCUUGAAGAGGAGAAGAGAGAGGAAGGUGAAAAGGAGGAAAGGAAGAGAAUUGCUGCAGAAGAAAUUACUAAGUUUCAAGAACGUGAUGUACAUAAACUGGAGCUAAGGAUUCUACAAAAACAAGCUAAAGAAGGAGAGAAACGAGAAAAAGAAAAAAAGUUGGCAAAGUUAAGAGAGAAGGUCGAGGUCCACAUCACCAGAGACCAGUCCAGGUUGUACAGACCUACCAAGGGCUGGGAGGAACGCGUGAAAGAGGUCACACCAACAGCUUCAAAACUGCUUUUACGAGCUCCUCAUAGAGCUUCUCCAGCCUGGUGGCAAGGGUUAUAGAUGAGCACGGGCCUGUCCCUGUCGCACGGGAAUGACUUCCUUGCUUGUGAAGAGGCCAGCAGUCCUCUGGAGUCGUCACAUUUGCUUGAUGCCAUG